GCUAACUCCACCUUCUUGGCUGGCCUGAUCUGGCAAUACUUCCUGUCGUAUGGAUUCGUAACGGUGGACUGAGAAAGAGUUUUGACGAGUCCUCUUCAUUGUUUCGAUCCGUUCAGACGGCCAGGUUUGUCUUUUGCUUUGAGACUGCCUACCAGACAGAAAUCAACAUGGCCUUGAACCUAGAAAGGCAGCUUCUCUUUUACGGCGCCUACCAUAAUAAUCCCGUAAAUAUUGCCAUCCACAUUACAUGUGUGCCGAUACUCCUAUUUACGGGGAUUGCACUGGCAUCCAACUCUCCCGUCCUCUUUGAUGUCCCCGAUGUCCUUCGCUUCGAAAACCUCCCGGCUAAUGUCGGAACCAUUGGCGCGUUGAUAUAUGCCACCUUUUAUAUCCUCCUGGAACCCGUCGCUGGCGGCCUUGUCGCGCCCCUCCUGCUCGGGGGUGCCGCAUUCGCAAACCACCUCCUAAUCACAUACGGUCCCAGCAUGAACUAUUGGUUUGGAGGCAUCCACAUCGCGUCCUGGUUGGUGCAGUUCGUCGGCCACGGAGUCUUCGAGGGACGGGCUCCUGCGCUCCUGGACAACUUGGUCCAGGCCCUCCUGCUUGCUCCGCUGUUUGUCUGGAUGGAGAUUCUGUUCUUCUUCGGAUAUCGCCCGGAACUGAAGGCCCGAUACGACGAGAGCGUCCAGAAGCAGAUCGCGGCUUUCCGGGACCAGAAGAAGAACAAGGAUGCCGCGAAACAAUAAACCUAGGGAGGCGUCUGCGGGUCGCGCAGAACCUGCUCUCGACCGGCAUUUUUCAACCGUAGUUCCCUAAUAAGCUGGUUAUCGAGGCAGUUUGUCCCACUGGGUGAGAGGGUCAUGGUCGUUGGAACCGAACCAUUGCGCCAGGAGUUGAGAGUCGAGUUUGGGGAACGUGUUUAAUUGCUUGUCAUUGCCGUCAUUGUUGAUUGUUGAUUGUUGAUUUGUUGAUGUAUAUGCACAGCGGACUGCUAGGUACUGGAUUGAGCGAUUUGGUGUUACGUAAUGCAGCAUUCGUACAGCUAGAGCUGUCCAGCGAGUAGGUUACUAUGUAGAUGGCACUUGCGGUGUCGACGGAUAGAUCGAGCUA